GCUCGAGGAACUCAGACCAGGCCCAUAUUCCUCAAAUGACAUAUGUUAUUCACCGAGCAUAGGCUGGACUGGGCUGCAGAAGCGCUAGCGGACUGCGCUGCCAAAGUGCCAACUGUCGGGCGGUGCCUUGACUUUGACGCCAGCAAACAUGUUGGACUAUGUUUUACCUGUCACUUAUGCACGUUUCGGUCGCCAGCUGCGAGACUGGGGUGACCGGGACCCCGUCUAUGACUGGUUAUACGUUCUCGCUGCGGUGUUUAUGACGCUGAUGAGCGGCGUAAUGAGUGGCCUAACGCUGGGCCUCCUUUCACUAGAUUCGGUGGAGCUGGAGGUGCUGCUGCGCUCCGGCACACCGAAAGAGCAGAAGUAUGCGCGAAAGAUUAUACCGCUGAUAAAGAACGGACAUCACUUGCUCGUCUCGCUUUUGCUUGGUAAUGCCGUCGCAAUGACGGCGCUGCCCCUGUUCAUCGACAAGCUCGCGACGCCAGUGAUUGCGGUGCUCAUUUCAGUCACAGCCGUGCUGCUCUUCGGCGAGAUUAUCCCGCAGGCUAUAUGUACCAGGUACGGCCUGCGCAUCGGCGCGCACCUUUCCCCGAUGGUCCGCGCCUUCAUGUGGCUGUGCGCGCCCGUGGCCUGGCCGCUGGCCAAGCUGCUGGACAAGCUGCUGGGGCCGGACCACCACACGCUGUUCCGGAGGCGGCAGCUCAAGGAGCUGGUCAGUAUACACGCGGAGGACGCGGGCAUGGGCGGGGCGCUGACGCGGGAUGAGAUCAAGGUGAUCACGGGGGCGCUGGACCUGACAGCUAAGGUGGCGUACAGGGCCAUGACGCCGCUGGACAAGGUGUUCAUGCUGUCCGCCUCGGACCGUCUGGACGAGGCCACGCUGCUGGCGGUGCUGCGGUCGGGGCACAGCCGCAUCCCGGUGCACGCGGCGGGCGACCGCGGGGAGGUGGUGGGGCUGGUGCUGGUGAAGGAGCUGCUGCAGUACCGCCUGGGCAGCAGCGGCCCGGUGCCGGUGGGCAUGCUGCGCAUGAGGAGCAUCCCCAGGCUGCCCGCCACCACGCCCAUGUACGACAUGCUGCGGCUGUUCCAGACCGGCCGCUCCCACAUCGCCGUACUCACACAGCCGCCGCCGGGGGAGCUGCAGAGGCUCAUGGCGCUGGACCAGUCGCAGGUGGGCGGGCGCGCCGCCAGCCGACAGCCGCGCAAGGCGGCCGCGGUGGGCGCCGACGGCGCCGCCGCCGGCGUCAGCAGCGUCGCCGUCGGCGGCAGUGUGAGCGUUAUGGACCCCUGGACACCCAGUGUGUACGGGCUGGGCGCUGGCGGCGGCGGUGGCGGCGGCGGCUUGCCGAGCGGCAUGCUUGGCGGCGGCUACAGCCUGGCAGGGGAGAGCGAGGCAGCUACAGCCGAGGGCUCGGGCGCAGGCGCGCGGCGCCUCAGCGGCGCGGGGGCGCGCGGCGGCGGAGCCGCCGCAGGCGGCGCCGGAGGCGCCGCGGAAGCCGGCGGAGCCGCCGCCAGCACGGGUAAUGGUUUGGGGUUGAGUUUGGACCGUGGCUUGAGCGGCGGCUAUGGCGGCAUGGACGACUCGCGCUCGGUGGCGGGCGAGACGGAGGGCGGCUACGGCGAUGGAGACAGUGUGUACACGCUGCCGUACAGCCUGCACCACGCCGGCAGCGCCGGGCCAGGCGAUUUGGGAGGCGGCGGCGGUGGUGGUGGUGGCGGCGGCGGUGGCGACCCCAGCUACCCGCCCAGCAUGCUUGACCCCAUGGAGAGCUAUACUGCGGGCGAGCUGUCAGGCGCCGGCGGCGGAGAGCAGCGGCGGUCGGUCUUCGGCGGGCCUGGGGAGCUGAGCGGGGCGGGCGAGGCCGACGGCGGGCCGGAGCUGUCAACGCCGGCAGCGACGGCGGCGGCAGGGCGCGGGCGGCACUCGGCGGAGGGCAGCGGCCGGGCCGCAAAGUCGCCGAGCCCGGAGCCGGGGGCGCCGCGGCCGCUGCCGCCACGGCCGCCGGCAGCCGCAGGCCUGGGGCCAGGGGCCAGCCCGCCGUCGACGACUCGGGACGCCUCCGCAUAUCCCACAGGGACGGCGGCAGGGCCAGAGGCUGCGGCUGCAGGUGGCGGUGGAGGAGGAGGAGGAGGCGGCGGAGAGGCGGCGGCGCGGGGCGCCAGCAACCACACCGGCGGCUAUGCGGAGGGCGGCGGCGCCGGAGGCGGAGGCGAGGCGGCGGAGGCGGCGGUGGCAGAGGCGGAGGCGGCCUUUGACGCGGUGGCGGAGGCAGAGGCGGCGGAGGCGGCGGCGGAGGGGCGGCCCAUUGGCAUCAUUACCAUUGAGGACGUCAUUGAGGAGCUCAUUCGCACCGAGAUUGUGGACGAGACGGACCGCUACGUGGACAACGACCGCCGCAUCCGGGCCAACCCCACCAAGCUGGCCCGGGAGCUGCCCGAGCACCUGGCCAAGGUGCUGGCGGCGGCCAGCGUGCAGCGCAAGGCGGCGGCGCUGCAGCGGGUCAUGAGCUUCGGGGGAGGGGGAGGCGGAGGCGGAGGAGGGCUGGGCGCGUUGGGGAGGGAGGGAGGAGGAGGCGGAGGAGGUGGAGGAGGAGGAGGAGGAGGGGGCGGGUUUGGGGGAGGCGGGCGGGAGGACUCGUGGAUGGGCGGGGACGGGCUGGCGGGCGGCGGCGCGGCGCGGGCGCGCCAGCGCAUCGCGGUGUGGCAGCAGCAGAGCAGCGCGGCUGCGGCGGCGGGCGGCGGGUUGGGGCAGGUGCCGGGCUCGCCGAGGAAUAGUUUUGUGUCUGCGAAUGCGCUGCGUGCGCCGCUGCUGCAGCCGGGCGAGUACUGAGGAGGGAGGCGGCGGGCGGGCAGCACUGCAGGCAAGCGGGUCAGGGGGAGUGUGACCGGUGUGGCUGGUUGAGAUGGCGUGCGGUUUGUUUUGAAGAGACACGUGUGCGUGCGCAUUCGAGCUUACUUGUAGGUUUGGAGUAGGAUACGCUUGCCAGCGGGCCAGUUCGUGUUAACGCUUGAAUGCAUGCACCAAUACGCCGGCUUUGACCGUCGGUUCUGGGAGUCAGGAAGAAAUGCCGCUGUUCCGACUCGCUCGUUGUGGUGCAGAGCAGGGGUGUGUGCGUUGUGCGCACGUGUCUUCUAUGAUGCUAACCGUCCUGUAUGCGCACGCCUUCAUUGCGACGUGUUUUUGGGCUACUGCGUGUGUAAGAGGCCGAGGUGGACAGCGAACGUGAGGUGCGUGUUUUGCGUUCGAGAUGGGGUGAUGUGGGGGGCGAGGGGUGGCGAACAGUUCCGACAAUGCGAGGGAGUUGGCGCGGGCCGCGAGGAUGGGGGGGGUCGCUGCCAACUGCCGUCCAAGGGCACGGACAGGGAUCUCGGGGCAAGAAGGAUCCAGGCGUCGCUUAGGUCCGUGACAGGUGAUUGCUGCAGUGCCUGUGCCAGACCCAAUCUUUACUUCUCACAAUAUUUGUGUAACCUUUGCCGAAG